UCCUGGCGGACUGCCUCGCUUUACGGCCGGGCCGCCGCGGCGCGACAGUUGCCGUUCCCUUGUCGCUCUUACCGUCAACAUGGCGUCGGGCAGCGGGACUAAGAACCUGGACUUCCGCCGGAAGUGGGACAAGGAUGAGUAUGAGAAGCUUGCAGAGAAGAGGCUCACAGAGGAGAGAGAGAAGAAAGAUGGCAAGCCAACUCAGCCUGUCAAAAGGGAGCUGCUGCGGCACCGCGACUACAAGGUGGACCUGGAGUCGAAGCUGGGCAAGACCAUUGUCAUCACCAAAACCACCCCUCAGUCAGAGAUGGGAGGGUACUACUGCAAUGUCUGUGACUGUGUGGUGAAGGACUCCAUCAACUUCCUGGAUCACAUCAAUGGCAAGAAACACCAGAGAAACCUGGGCAUGUCCAUGCGAGUGGAGCGCUCCACGCUGGACCAGGUGAAGAAACGCUUUGAGGUGAACAAGAAGAAGAUGGAGGAGAAGCAGAAGGACUAUGACUUUGAGGAGAGGAUGAAGGAACUCCGUGAGGAGGAGGAGAAGGCCAAGGCCUACAAGAAGGAGAAGCAGAGGGAGAAGAAGAGGCGGGCAGAGGAGGAGCUGACGCUGGAGGAGGACGACGAGAUGGCAGCCGUCAUGGGCUUCUCCGGCUUCGGCUCCACCAAGAAGAGUCACUGAGCAGCUCAGGGCUCUCCUCUUGCCUGUUUGAACCCAGGGGACUCUGCAUAGCUCUUACCAGGACUUGGCUGAGGACUGCUCCCCAGAGGUCCCAGUAGAAGUUGGCCGGAGGAACGGAGAAGCAGCUCCAGUCCCUCCUCGUGCAGCAGAGCAAGCCCCGCCUGUCCUUAGCUCCCCAGCUCCUUCUGUGUCCUAGAUCUGGCUGCUCAGCACCGCUGCCUUUGUGUGUCACGGAGGUGCCACCAUCCUGUGCAGGUGGCCUGGCUGGGGCUGACUCUCUGUCACCCUGGGCUCGCCGCUCCAGGCCCUGGCUGCCCUGCGCCUUUGCAGCGGUCGGGGUUGGGGUCACACGCAGCAGGGAGCAGUGCUGAGCCCCCCUCCCUGUGUCCAUCUGGCUUGUGCUGAGCAGAGCUGGGCCGGGGCUGGGGUCUGCAUGGGGGUCUGGGUCACCUGAGCUUCCCCCUGUGCCUGCUGUGCAGGGGGCAGCUCCCUGCUUUCCCUUGUGUUUCGUCCCAUAGCUGUGGUGAGCGGGAGAGGGGCCGCGCGGGCUGCCAGAAAUAAAGAGGGGGUUUUAAUGAGGCCUCUGCCAGGGCUCUGGAGCCUUCCUUGCUGCCACAGCCUCCCUGGUGCCUCCUCAGCUGGGCAAGACUCCUGGGGACCUUGCUGGAGGCAAAGGUUUGUGGCCUCCUCUCUCUGGGCUCAGCUGCCAGCUGCCCUUGUUCCUGGCUUUGUAAAGGCAGCCUGGGAGUGGGUUUGGGAACAAGGGCAGGAGCAGCAGAGUGGGAUGGGAAAGGAGAAGGAAGGGAAAGGAGGAGAGGAUGGGAAAGGGAAAGGAGAAGAUGAAAAGGGUAAGAGGAUGG